AUGCAAGUAUCUAAUAAGAUUUUGCUACACCGUUUGCAUGACUUUGGAGCAAGAUAUUUGUAUGAACUCACUCCUGAAGAUGUUCAGAGGUUGCUAGCUGAGAAUGACGACCGAGGUUUUCCUGGAAUGCUUGGUAGUGUUGAUUGUAUGCAAUGGCCAUGGAAGAAUUGUCCGGUAGCUUGGCAAGGAACUUACCGGUGUAAAGAUAAAGAGAGUAGUUUGGUAUUACAGGCGGUGACAUCAUAUGAUUUGUGGUUUUGGCAUGCCUUUUUUGGAAUGCCUGGAUCAAACAACGAUUUGAAUGUGUUGGCACACUCACCCCUUUUUGAUAACAUACUAAAGGGUGUAGCACCUCCAUGCAAUUAUGUCAUCAACGGUCACCAAUACAAUAUGGGUUACUUCUUAGCCGAUGGUAUCUAUCCAAAGUUGACUACAAUUGUACAAGCUUUUUCUCAGACAUUGGACAUUCCCUACUUUGUUAGGUUCAACAAGUAUCAAAUGGAUAAAAGAAAGGAUGUCGAGCGUGCUUUUGGAGUGCUUCAGUGUAAAUUCAGAACUGUCGGAUCUCCCGAGCAUUCUGCUUUGGAGAGUUACUUGAAAAAGAAGGGGAAACCUUUUACAUUUUUUAACCGCUAUGUGAUUCUGAAAAACGGUUUCUCAAAGUAUAACCCUUCCCCCUUUGAAGAUUCAUCCUCUGAAUCAACAGAUGAAGAAUAA